CUCCUGGAGCGGUUCAUAGGCGAGCGUAAACAAUUGUAAACACACUACUUUAGCGUGUUUUUUGUGUUUGGUAUGUUGCCGAUGUGGUAGCGACGGCGCGCAGACUUGUAAGCUCGGAAUAAGAAACGCAGUUUCGCGUAAAUGUUUGCCGAUGACUACAUGCAUGGUUCGCCGGCAAAGCUGGGCUAACGGCAGUUUAGUUUCGCGUUGUACAGUGAUCGCACCUGGCUGCGCAUUAAACACCCGAUGUCAGCGGCUGACAGACAACUGAAACACCUCAGAAGGCCUUCCUGUGCGUGCAUUGUCAACUCAAGUAGGCCGUCUUAAACAAGGGGCUCACGCUUCAAGCGCGACGACAGCCAUGGUUGUCUUCAACGUCUGCGUCGCAAGGUGCCACCUGCUACGAAGCUCGCAUUUUUCCUGGUGUCACGUGCGACGGUGGAAGCACUCGAACGCGCCCCUCAAGGUUUCGAUCGUCGGCGCCGGUCCGGCGGGUUUCUACACGGCGCAGCAGGUUCUCAAACAUCCAAACGCCAUUGUCGACAUCUACGAGGGCUUGCCGGUGCCGUUUGGUUUGGUUCGCUUCGGUGUCGCCCCAGACCACCCUGAGGUGAAGAAUGUGGUCAACACCUUCACGAACAUUGCCAAGAACCCUCGGUGCAACCUGUAUGGCAACGUCCGGCUUGGCACAGACGUCACGGUGGCAGAUUUGAGGAAGGCCUACCACGCCGUCGUCCUGACAUAUGGUGCUGAUCAAGAAAGAAGCCUCGGUGUUCCGGGUGAGGACCUUCCGAACGUGUUCAGCGCCCGAAAGUUUGUCGGCUGGUACAAUGGCCACCCCGCUGACGUAGGCGUGCGCCCGGACCUCUCGGGCGAGACGGCCGUCGUCAUUGGCCACGGCAACGUCGCCCUCGAUGUUGCUCGCAUCCUGCUGUCACCCCCGCAGUCACUUCAAGAGACAGAUAUAGUUGAACCUGCCCUGGAAGCGUUGAGGAAGAGUUGUGUGCGAAAAGUGAUUGUGGUCGGGAGGAGAGGACCCUUCGAGGUAGCCUUCACCAUCAAGGAGCUACGAGAGAUGACCAAGAUCCCCGGCGUGGACAGCGUGUUCCGGCCGGAGGACUUCGACGCGGUCCGUGAAAGGUUGGCUGACUUGCCGCGACCUCGUAAGCGUCUGCUCGAGCUCAUGGUGCAGACCUCGGAGAAGAAACUGAGCAACCAGCCCCGUUCCUGGGAGCUACGCUUUCUGCGGAGUCCACUACGCUUCCUGGCCGACUCGAGCACGGGCCGCGUCUCGGGUGUCGAAAUGGCCGUCAAUCGGCUCGAGAAAACCGAUAUGGGAACCAAGGCUGUUGCAACGGGCGAAACGGAGACAAUUCCGUGCCAGAUGGUCCUAAAGAGCAUAGGCUACACGAGCGAAGCGGUCGACCCCUCCAUCCCGUACGACAGCAAGCGAGGCUUCCUGCCAAAUUCUCAGGGUCGCGUCGAUUCAUUGCCAGGUGUCUACUGUAGCGGCUGGCUCAAGACAGGUCCUGUAGGGGUCCUGGUGGCGACAAUGAACAGCAGCUUUGAAACGGGCCAGGCGAUUGUCAAGGAUGCGGAGGCGGGCCUCCUGCCGGCAGACGACAGGGAGGGUUCGGCAGCCAUCUUGAAACUUCUCGACUCCAAAGGCGUGCGGCCCGUCACUUUCGAUGAAUGGCUCAAGAUUGAAGCGUACGAAAAGAUGCAAGGCGAACAGAAAGGCAAACCCAGUGAGAAGCUCCUUUCCGUCAAAGAAAUGCUUAGUGUUGCAUUUGGCUAGUUGUUUCCUGUCGUCUCAUAGCUUCUCUCAUUCUCUUUUCUUUCUCCUCUCUCUUUCCCUCACUUUCUCCUACCUCUUUUGGGGCACCAGCCAGAUAACGAGUGAAGCCGAUGGUCGCAGCCAAGCCAAGAGCUGGCUGCUGUUUGUUUAAACAUCCAAGAGAAAUCUCUUGCUGUUUUUCUUUUUUUUGGAAUAAAAGCUUCGCCUCUUGUUCAGUCAUAAGCAUGCGUGGUAUCCAAAGCUUCGGGAAAAAGGGGCUUGUGUGCCUUACAUGAAUGAGUGAGGUUGUCAGUGUAUGGAUGGUGCAGCAUGUAGUUUAUGUCAAUGUAAGACUUCUUUUAUGGUCGCAGUUUUGUGCAUUUGGCCAUUCAAAAGAUGUGCCUAAUGCAUGUAGAUCUGUACAGCUGACAAUAAAAAUACUGUAUUACAAACAU